AGAUAGCCUAUCUGGUUUCUAUUGGUAUUGUUAUCAAUGAAGGUCCUACAAAGGGAUUCCUAGUGCAUUUAAAGCUUCCAUUUACAAUCAACUGCCUAAGAUAUCUUUCUCAUUUUUAUGCUCAACGCUAAGUAGUAAGGGUUCGAUUCACACGUUUACCUGGUAGAACAGGGCGGAGUACCUGACGUGAACGCUAAACCACAAGGCUGCCAGUCAACUAAACAUUCUUUAAAGUGAAAAACAUACCUAGAUAACUUUUCUUUUGUCAUGCAGAUGCAGUGACAAAAAUGUACUUAUAAUUCAACCUCGUUCCCAGUGCCUGCUGUCCCUUUGUUAUACUGGGACAGCGAGUCAAACAUUAGGCGCUGGGAACGAGGUUACUUAUAAUUAUAAUGUGUGAAAACAAGACAAUAAAAAAAUUCUGGGAUUGAAAAGUUAUUCAAGGCUCACCACGUUGUAAAUGUGUUCUUAAUUUUUUGCCCAAACAUUAGCCUAAAUCUUUUUAUAAACAAAAAAAAAAACUGUGCAUCAUAUCGAAUUCCUUUACAUUCAUCUUCGUCUCCACAUAUACAGUUUCUAUAACAACGACAUUAUCAACAAGACGCCCAUUAUGAAUUAAUUAAAAAUGGCUAAUGCUAACAUCAGAAGGUUUUUCUCGAUUAUAAACAAAUAUGGCGAUUAUUGUGUACUUAGCUUCCCUUUUAUUCACUAGGAGUCUACAAAGAAAAUGAUCAACAAAUCAGCAAAAAGAAAAAAAGAUUAAAAUUCAAAUUUUGACUAAUAUUUACUCUCAUGGUUUUGUCUCGUAAUUCUUUGUUUCUUCUUUGCCAGAAUAAUAACAAAAAACGAAUAAAUGGCAAAACUGUGUUUUUCAAAUUUGUACUGCGAACGAAUAGAAGUCUUUCUGUUACUAAUACAAGUUUCAAAUUUAUCAAGAGAGAAUUUCUUUUAAAUAAAAACAUGAAGAUUCUAAUUCAAAAACGGGCGACAUUUUUAUUAAUUCUGGCAAGUUUAGCCUUUGUAUUUACCUGCAUUGGUACAGGAGGUAAUUCGUGGGUGGCAAAAGAUGUCACUGUUAGGUUAGGUUCAGUGACGUAUGAGAGUGGUUUGUGGAAAUCGUGUGUAUCGGGACAUGGCGGAGGAUGUGGCGACUUCACAGCAUCAAGCGCCUGGAUGAGAUCAUGCAGGGCCAUGGUGAUUUUGUCUUGUUUAGCCAUACUGCUAGGUGUUGCGUUAUCGUUGUUAUCUUUUGUGGAACAGCGAGUCAAGGGUUAUAUGAUAUCGAUAUGUUGCAUUAUAUCUGCAAUCACCAUGGUGAUAGCAUUGAUAGUGUUUCUCACAGAAAACGAAUGGGCGAAUAAAUUAUCGUACAGAUACAGUUGGACGUUUAUACUAGGAUGGAUUGCUGUUUUGUUGUCAUUGCUUAGCGCAAUAUGGGCUACCAUGAUGGGAAGAUUCGACGCAAGUUAGAUCUCAUACGAAAAGGAUCAGUUUAAUUGAUAUUAUGUGUCAACAAAUAAUAUUAGUUGACAAUCUCGUUUCCAGACUUCUUUUUCCCUUUCUGAAAUAUGGCGUUCGCGCCAACACGCAAAAAUCAAAAGAAAGUCCCAGGGACGAGAUUGGUUAGUUAAACAACUUCAUUUUUAUGACUUCUUAGUUACAUUGGGGCGCCCUCGCCCUAGUCGGUCACCUAGAAAAGCACCUAGAAGGCCUGGGGACGGGGUUUGUUUGUUGAUGCGUUUUUGUAUAUCAUAAGUUCCUUCCAGCCUCGAUUCUGGUCGUUCUUCUUUCACAUAUUAGAAAAAGCGAAAAAAAUUCCUGAAAAUCCCAUCGUCGAAUUUUUAUGUGUUUAACGUCAGGUUCUCUAAAGAAGCCAAAUGUUUUAAAACAUACGACUUUAGUAGAAUGUUCCGCACCAAUAUGGCGGAUUUAAUAUAGCGAAAUUAGCAUAAUCGAUAUGAUUUUUAUAGAAACUAGGUUUGUAUAUAUAGUAUCACAAAUAAAAAGAAUCAUGUUAUAUUUUUAAUUUCAGUAAAUUAAUUUUGUUAAUUUAGAAAUUUAUUUCGUUUUGUUUCUUUAA